UUUUUUACCUCGUGACAUAAAUAAUCUUUCUAACUUGCGUUACUUGAUGUUGCCCCAGUAUUAUAUUUCAUUGAUAUGUGGGAUUGGGAAGCUAAAGUUUCUUCAAGAAUUGAAUAUUGAUCUUAGAGAUGUGAGUGGGUAUAGAAUUAAAGAGCUGGAGAAUAUGAAUGAUCUUUGCGAAUUAAGAAUCAAUUGCCUUGAAAAUGUUAAGAAUGCAGAGGAGGCUUGUAGUGCCAAAUUACGUGCCAAGACAAGGCUCACAGAUCUAACCUUAUGUUGGAGAAACACUGAUUCGAGGAACAUCAAUUUAGAUGAGAAUGUGCUCGACAACCUUCAACCACCAACAUGUCUAAGGAAUCUGAGCAUAAACGGAUACAUGGGUGUAAGGUCUGCAAUAUGGAUGAACGUGCUCGACAAUCUAGAGAAAAUCGAAUUGUCAGAUUUCUUGGAGUGUGAAUCUCUUCCACCUUUUGGGCAACUUCCCUUCCUCAAGUCACUGGAACUUCGGAACAUGCCGAAAGUAAAAUGGUUCGAAAGUAAAUUUAAUGGGAAUGAUAAAUACCUUGCCUUUCCAUCGCUAGAGGAGUUGCAUAUUGACGGAUUAGAAGCAUUAGAGGAUUGGUUUGAGGCAGGAGUAGCUGCUGAAGAUGGAUGUUUGUUUCCUUGCUUAAUUAAACUGAAGCUAGAAAACUGCCCGAAGUUGAAAGAGUUGCCUUCUUUGCCUUCUAAGCUCAAAAGCUUGCAGAUACGAUCUACGGCGUGGAAGACUUUGAAUUUUUGUAGCAAUUCAAAUCCUAUUCCCCUUGAAACAUUAUGGGUCCAGCACUGUCCAAACAUUACAUCUCUUCCUCUGGCUGAUGAAAUAGUAAGACUUGCAGCACUAAGAGACUUGAAAAUUACAAAGUGCCCCAAUGUGAUCUCUCUCGGAAGAUAUCGAGAAGUGGAUACCACUAAUAAUUGCCAUCUCAUGCUCAGCAAUCUCAGUAUAAAUGAUCCGUCGAUGUUGCUAAUGGAGCCAUUGAGAAGUAUCGCCUCCUUAAAAAGUCUGAGGAUUGAGGAUAAUGAUGAGGUGGUUUCCUUUCCAAAUGAGGCGGAGCAGUGGUUUCUGAAAAUUCUCUCCCUUCCGUCUUGGAAAGCUCAUCUUCACUUCAUGUUCUAUAUAUUGGGAACGUUCCUAUGCUUCGGGAAUUACCGAACCUUCCUCCCUCUUUGA